AAAGCGACGGAAAUAGGAGGAGAGAGAGAGCCAUCCCUUUAACAACAACUGGGACAUAGCGGAGAGAGGAAAAGGAGAGGAGGGGGUAGAAGAAAGAGGAAUUAAAAAAGAAAAGGAAGAAAGAGACAGGGAAGGGAGGGAGAGAGAGAGAGGGCGCGCGAUAAAAAAAGAAAGAUGACAUCCUGUGAAUUGAAGCGCCGAGGUGGAGCGGCGGGCUGCGGCCGGGCUCGAGUGUUAUUCGUCCGGGUCACGGCUUGAAAUCGACAGCGAGGCUUCGACAAACACCCGAACGGCCUGUCGAGGGGAUCGAGGAAAAACACUGAUUUAUCCAUAGUUUCAAAUGCGUCAAGCGCAUUACAUCUAACCGCUGUUUUAACGUCUAUAUGCAUCAACUCCUGUUUUAUAAUGCAUGGUGUAAGAGUGUAGAAAUUACGUUUAUUGCUUCCGAUGUUUAAAGUCAUGCAGAUGAAUAAAUAGCGCGUUGUUGUGAUGUAUCGGUUAAAGUUGCAUAAGAGCAAAGUAAACACUAAAUAGCUUGUCUGCUAAUCUGAGCCGUUCAUUAAAUAAAGUGAUUUGGAGAAGAGUUUAAAAAAACAACAACUAAACACUGUUUGCAAACUACAGAAGAUUUAUAGUACGUUAUUAAUCUCGAGGAUCGUGUAGUUGAUUAUAAUAUUCAUCGCCGGGGAACAAAAUGGAUGCCUCGUGGAGUAAUUUUCUCUUCCAGACCACACCCUCCCAGAGUCAAGUGGAGGGGACCCUCCAAUCAGAGCUUAUGCCUGGCCACACGUCAUCUCCUCAAGCCCCGCCCACCGAGCACAUAGCUCCGCCUCCAUCGACAGUGGACACUGCUGCUCUCAAUGAGGACCCUGUACCUGUGAAGCCAGUGUCCAGACCGGCCCGCGCAGCUCAUAUCUGCUCAAUUUGCAGCAAGCAGUUCAAAAACAGCUACAACCUGCGGCGCCAUCAGUCCGUCCACACCGGUAUCCGCAUGAAGGGGGGGUCCCAGAGCCAAGAGGGCGUGGCUAAAGAGAGUGCCGAAAGACAAACGGUCCCCCUCUCUCUCCUUCACCUCUCCAUACCCCAGCAGCAAACCCAAACGCUGACCACUCUUGCUGUUCUGCCCCCUCCACACACACAAGUCCUGGCCACUCAGGAUGGAAACAAUGUUGUGAUGGAGAGCGUGACUUCCACUGUGACCGCCCUCCCGCCUCCGGCUGCUGUUGUCAUGGCAACAGGGGAGCCUAUACAGAGGCCAGUAACCCAGAACCCCAACCCUGUGCGUAAAAACCACGCAUGUGAGACGUGUGGGAAAGCCUUCAGGGAUGUGUACCACCUGAACAGACACCGGCUCUCCCACUCGGACGAGAAGCCAUUUUCCUGCCCCAUCUGCCAGCAGCGCUUCAAGAGGAAGGACCGCAUGAGCCAUCACGUCAGAUCCCACCAGGGAGGCGUGGAGAAACCCUACGUGUGCCCGCACUGUGCUAAAGCUUUCUCGCGGCCUGAUCAUCUCAACAGUCAUGUCCGACAGGUCCACUCUUCAGAAAGACCCUUCAAAUGUCCGACGUGUGAAUCGAGCUUUGCCACACGUGACCGUCUGCGUGCUCACAUGAUCAGACAUGAAGAGAAGGUUCCGUGUCACAUCUGUGGAAAACUGCUGUCUGCAGCCUACAUCACGGAUCACAUGAGAGUGCACAACCAAUCACAGCAUCACUCCUGCCAUCUGUGCAACCGCAGUUUCACCACGCUGACGUACCUGCGGGUCCACGCUCAGAAGCACCACGGUCAGGAGUGGAAGGACAGCGGCGGAGGCUUCGGCACCUCGGGCUCCGGAGGGGUCCUGGUCUGUCAGCUGUGCGGCGUGCACUGCAAGACCCCCACACAGCUGCAGGGCCACAUGGGUACCCACAACCCCCCUGUGAGUGACCCUCACCCCACCACCACCACCACCACCACCACCAGUGAGGCGGUGCCCGGCAGCAUGGUCACCCUCUGCAACAUGGUGUCGGCUCCCACGGUGUUCGUGAGCGGGAACACGGUGGUGGAUCUGCUGGUGACCGACUGCUCCAGCAUCAUCCCACAACCUCAGAGCUAGCAGAGCAGGCCUGUAGUGCACACACACAUGCAACACACACACAGCCAUUUAUUACACAACUUAUUACACUAAAGAAGCCAAGGAGAAACUGUGAAGAACGGCAUUCUGAGUGAAAGUUGCUCAUGUUUAUGACAUGCACACACACAUACAAUGACAACUACUGUAGCAUGAUAGAUUUUAAAAGAACACCUCUCGAUUAUGCAGACAUAUUGAGACAUAUAGUCGCUUUACAUGUAUCCCUCUCAAAACCAGAUAGUUAAUAUGAACAAUUUCUUGUCUUGCUGAGGAGGCAGGAGGACGGUUUGGUCUUCCUUUAGCUAUCUUGGCUCAACAAGAAGGAUCAGGGCAUAAAGGCUGCAAAAGAGACUUAUGGGGCUGAUUUUUUUAUUUUAAAUGUGCAGUUCACCCAAACAUGAAUCAUUCACUCCCCUUCAUGAAGACGCCAUGACUUUAUAUUACAAAAUGGAGCUUUUUUUUUUUCCUUUUUGGAGCUUGACCGUCUUUGGUGUCUCAUUCAUUUCAAUCGCAUGGAAGAGAGCAGCUCGGACAUUCUGCUAAGUUUCUUCUUUUGUGUCCUACAGAACAAAAUAAAGGCUCAAGGGUGAGUAAAUGAUGGGUGAACGUCGCACUGACUCAAUCCACCGUUUCUCUUUCACGGGCUUCUUCUCUCUCUUUGACCUUCUCUGCUCUCUUGGCCGCAGGACUCUGAUGAUACUGUGAUUGUGUGUUGCUACUGUAUUUCUUCUGCCUGUAAUAUGAUUUCCACUUUGUUUGCCAGACCUCCACUGCCAUAAACUGGCAUCAAGAUCCAUUCAUAAGUAAUAAUAGCAGAAGAAGAUCCGAGAGGUUGCAUUAGAUGAAAGAGGAAGGUUUGAGAGAAAAGGGAGUUGAAUUGAUAGUAAUGUUCUACUGCCAGCAAAAACUGAUUUGCAUAUACACACUGAUACACAAACACUGUGUGAUGGAUGUUGUACCUGACAUGUCCAGGUCAUAUUUCACCCCAAAAUCAAGAGGAAGACAGAACAAACAUUUCCUGACUUUUUAGGUCCGUAAAGAUUUUUGUCAUUGUGACAUUGUUUUAAUGAAUUUGUGCACAUUUCUCCUUUAGUUCCCAGAAAUACAUUUCGUAGUUCCAAA